AUGAACGAGUAUAAGUUGGAAGAAAUUGUGGAAGCAACUGAGAAUUUCGCUCAGUCUCGAGUUAUUGGCAAAGGCAGCCAUGGAUUUGUCUACAGAGGUAUGCUCAAAGAUGGUAAGUUCGUAGCCAUAAAGAAGCAAUCUCCAGGCCUUCAAAAGCUUCAUGACAACACAAAGCUCAAAAACGAAGCCUGUAUAUUAUCAUCACUACCCCAUAAUCCAUAUCUAAUCAGCCUACUCGGGACGAGUCAUGACUCGUUCAAGAACAAGCUUCUUGUCAUGGAGCAUAUGCCAAAAGGCACACUUUAUGAAGCUCUUCAUUUAGCAGAUGAUGAUGACGAAAGAACCCUAGAUUGGCCUCACCGUUUGAAAACGGCUGUACAAAUAGCAAAGGCAGUUCAGUUUCUUCAUGAAGAAAACCCUCCAGUUGUCCACAGAGAUAUCAAGUCGGCUAACAUUUUGUUUGAUCAGAAUCAUGAUGCGAAGUUAGCUGAUUUUGGACUUGCCAUCAGAAUGGAUGGUGAAGACUCACUGAGUCGACCUGCUGCUGGUACUAUUGGGUAUUUGGAUCCUUGUUAUACAGUUCCAAGCAAGUUGAGCACAAAAGUCGACGUUUUUAGUUACGGGGUUCUAUUGUUUGAGAUAAUUUCAGGCAGGAAAGCCAUUGACGUUUCGAGAAAGCCUGCUGCAAUCGUAGAAUGGGCAAGUACAUUGAUCGAAAAGCGCAGAUUUUUGGAUAUCUGUGAUGAAAGAAUUGAAUUGCCACACUACAUGGAAAGCUCGAUCAAGAAGCUGAUAUUCAUUGCUUCACACUGUGUUUCUUUAAUAGAAAAUCUUCGUCCAUCAAUGGCAGAAAUAGUCGUGCAGUUGGGAAAAUCCGCCAUUGAUGAACGGCCAGUGGUCCGAUUCCCUCUGUGGACGAGUUUUUUAUGUGGUUUUGCUCUUCAAAGGUGGCAGAGGAAAUUGGGAUGUAAAACUGAUUCAACAGAGAUUAAUAACAAAGGAAACAGUAAUGGUGUUAAUAUCUCAAAAGGGGCAUUGCUCGUGAGGGAAAUAUUUGCUGAGAUUACAUGA